AUGUCGUGGGAGCCGUACAGUGGUCCUGGAGGGCCCGACUUCCAGUCCUUCUAUCGUCCUGCAACUCGUCGUACCGAGAGAGGCACUCAAAGAUCCGUUCCUUACACUUGGAGAGGUCCUUUCAUGAAUCCCUUCACAAAUCUUCGUCAACAGACCCCAAACCCUCCUGCGCCUGUUGCCACUCCUGAUCCCAUUCUCUACCAGCAACAACGCUUUGUCCCACCAGGUCCUCACACUGAAGGCUUCGUCACAGGCAUGGACUUGGAAUCACCCACAAUCCCAUUUGGUCCAGGAUCAAAACCACCCAUUGUCGAUGUUGUCAAGCUCAUUGGCCCUAGCAAUUUUGGUGUCAUCAGAAUCAAGAAUAUUCCCUAUGGCAUCACCAUGGCUGAGGUUCAACAGUUUAUCCUGAAACAUGUUACUCUAGAAGACCUGGUUCAGCCCCACCGUGACGGUUUUCCAUUCCACAUCAUCAUGGAGCGUUCUACCGGUAAGACCAUGGACGCAUUCAUCGAAGUUCAAACCCCAAAGAUUGCGGAGGAGGCUGUUGAGCGAAACUUCAAGGGUAUGAAGUUCUCAAGACUCGGGCAGCGACAUGUCAAUCUCGAGCUCAGCACCCAGGCGCAGCUUCUCCAAGAGCUGUUCCCCCGUGCGCGCAGCAUCCAAUGGGAUCCUCAAAAUGGCGGCCACCCCUAUCUGGUUCAAACCAACGAUCCAUACACCUCUGGCUUCAAUGGCUUGUUUACUCAAGAGGAGAUGAAUGGUAUGAUUCGCCAUGCAGAGGCUCCAAACCGAUCUCCAUUCGCCACACGCAGUCAACAACGUCCCUAUGAAUCAAUGAUCAGUACUUUGUACAAGUUCCCUUGGUAUGCCAAUCGUCUUUACAGCAUGAGAGAGAGAGAUUGUGUCUAUUCAUGCUUGAAGAGACAGCUUCAAGUUCUUGUUGUUCGAGCGGAUCCCAUGAAGCAGGAGCGCCGUGAAGUCGGUCUUGACAACAAAUUGCUCAUGGAUCUUAUCUUCGCUGGCAUGAAUUGUCCCGCUUUCUCACUGCGCCAGAAGUACGACAUCGUCGUCACCUCUGAGGGACUCGGCAGUGGUGUCUAUCUCAGUCAAUAUGCAAAGUGCUGGCCUUUCCAAUGCCUUGCACCUGAGUCAGCUGCAAUGACUGAUCAAGAUAUUGGCAUGUGGCUCAAUGUCAUUCAAUACGGCUUUCAUGCUCUGAUUCGCGAAUGUGGAGGUAUCGAUUUCGUUGGGAUAGAGCCUUAUGCGGGAAUUGAGCUCGUGGAGGACUACGUCGUUGUUCGUGCGACUGAUCAUGGUUUGGAACUCACACGCGACAUGUUUUCGGCGGUCGAAGAGGAAAUCCUGGAUGAAGCAUUGGUCUUGGGUUGGCCUAUUUAUUUGGCUCAAUCUGGACUUGGUGUUGAUGGUCCGGGCCCUGCCCUUACCUACAAUACGCACGACUACCCCGGGUCUGAAACCAAUGGCAUGAAUGGACAAGGCGGUCGUAUCAGCACUGCCCGUCAGAGCUCUGGUACUUCUGAUGUCAAAGGCAAAGCCAGAGAAGAGACCUCGACCGCUUUUCAAAACACCUUCCAGGCUCAGUCAGUUCCAGACACCCCUACCCGAAUCAACCACGCUGUUUCUAUUCGUCGACCUGAUGGUACAGCUCUCAAACUUGAAUCCAACAACUUCCUUGGUGCGGCGUCGGCUCCUGUUGGCGGUAAUGAUGCUCUUCGUGGUUCAAACAAUAAAGCCAGUGUCAGUGGUGCUGCCACCGGAUCUCCUCAACAUCGUGCAAGCUACAGCGACGGCCAUGAACGUAAUUUGUCCGCUGCCUCAUCGAGCCACAAUAACCAGGCCACGCCUCCCAAGUUGACUUCAGGGCAUUACGCAUCCAAGUCUACCAGCGCUUCUCCUACCCGUCGCGGUCUGCGUCGCAUGUCUGGUACCAAUAUCAGCCCUAUCAGAGGUGGUGCUUCGAUUGCAUCCUAUCAUAUCAGUUCAAACAACAUCGGCAUGUCUUCAUCUUCACGCGAUGCCAGUUUUGUUAGCAUGUUGGAGAAGACAGGCGCAAACAAUCCUUUCAACACUGUCGGAUUGAGUCGUUCUCAAUCCCAUGGCAACUCGCUGUCCAAGUCUAGCGAGGACCUUGACCAGCCCGCUCUUGCAGAUUCCCGCAAUGGUUCAGUUCCUUCUGCAGCUCCUUUGGUUGACGUGUUUGGUGGAAGUGGUGGUGAGCGUUCCGAUGCUUCAUCCUUUGAUCCUGGUCCAGUUGGAAGUGGUCUUCGUUCAACUUCUGCAAACACCACUGGCACCGUUGUCCGCCGCAGCUCCAGAUAUGCUCCUCAUGAAGAGAACACCAUUGUUGAAGAAGAAAAUCAAGGUCUUGUCCGUGACUUUGAGCGUGGCCUGAUCUUCAAUGAUGACAAUGUCACCCCUCGUGAGGAAUAG